GAGCCGGCCGGUCGUGCAGCUGCACCAGCCACAGACUUCACCCUGGAUGGGAACCCUGUUCCCAUCACCAGCGGCGGAAGCUUCUGGUGGGAAAGAGGAGCAGAGGCAGUCAGAUGAAGACCAAGUACACCCUGAUUGAUGAGCAAGACAUCCCGCUGGUGGAGGGCUACUCCUUUGAGGCCCGGAUGGAAGUAGACGCAGAUGGAAAUGGUGCUAAGAUAUUUGCAUAUGCCUUUGACAAAAACCGAGGAAGAGGGUCCGGAAGGCUCCUUCAUGAGCUGCUGUGGGAGCGGCACAGGGGGGGCAUCGCCCCUGGGUUCCAGGUGGUACAUCUCAACACUGUGACCGUGGACAACCGCCUGGACAACCUGCAGCUGGUGCCGUGGGGCUGGCGGCCCAAAGCCGAGGAGACCUCCAGCAAACAAAGGGAGCAGAGCUUAUAUUGGCUCGCGAUUCAGCAGCUUCCCACGGACCCCAUAGAGGAGCAGUUCCCCGUCCUGAACGUGACCCGGUACUAUAACGCCAAUGGGGAUGUGGUGGAGGAGGAGGAGAACUCCUGCACCUACUACGAGUGCCAUUACCCUCCCUGCACGAUGAUGGAGAAGCAGCUCCGGGAGUUCAACAUCUGUGGGCGCUGCCAGGUGGCCCGGUACUGUGGCUCCCAGUGCCAGCAGAAGGACUGGCCUGCCCACAAGAAGCACUGUCGGGAGAAGAAGCGUCCCUUCCAGCAUGAGCUCGAGCCAGAGCGAUGACCGGGCAGCGGGGCAGCAGUGCAGGCCCCGUGUGUGUGGCUUUUGGACCUUCCUUGGGCACAGCGGACACAGAACACAGACUGGUGGUUGAACCUGGAGGUGCUGAAGAAGCCAGUGCUGAGCACCCAGGAUAGCCGCAUGGAGGCCCCGUGGUCAUGGGUCUUCGUGUGGGUGUUGCGCUCUCCUCAAAGUGUUAAUCUCAAGCAGAGACAGCUGGGGAGGCUCCCGCCAGGAUGCUCCUCAUUAUUUAUAUGUUAAUAUGUUUGUAAACUCAUGUACAGUUUUUUUGGGGGGGAGGCAGUGAGAGGGUUAGAAAUUACAAAUAGAAUCAUUUG